AUGGAAACUAGCUUAUGGAGGCCUUUUGAGGUGAAUCGCAUUGCAAUACUUGCCUUCAAAUGGGGCCCAGGCCGCAAUCCGCAAUCGGCUUUAGCGUAUUAUUUUCGCCUUUGGUACAUAGCAUUCUACUCAUUUGACCGUCUUGAAAUUAUGCUAUCAUUCCCACAACAUUUUAUGCUACCUAAUGUAGUUAAGGGUCUUGUCACCAUCAGUGUCAUCAUCAUCAUCGCGGCCUUUCCAUCUCAAGCUGGGCCCGCUCUUAGACACCGGGCUUGCAGAUUGACUCAAAGAAGCAUGACAAAUCUAGCCUCUCCUUGGCCUGGCAACUGCAUAUUUUGCAGUUUUCCCACUCAGCCAAAGCAACAAAUCGGCGCAAAUCACCGGGUGGCAAAUGACCACUCUCAGACCGUCAUCUGCCAAGUCUGCCUUACUCAUUGUUUCCGAGUCUAUCAAUUGGCCGAGCUAUCCGGCCUGAAUCGAUCAGAGGUUCAUCUUCACCCUUAUUGGGAUUCAGGGCAGGUUCAUGCGUCUCUUAAUUCCCUAUCUACCCUCCGGCUCUACGACGUCGGUGGAGUAUUCUGCCACGAAUGUAUCCUGGACUAA